GAUUUUUAUCUCCUAAAUAGGCUCUAUUUUCGGAAGACCUGAGUGAAAAUGUGAAAGUUAUGCUGCUUGGUGUUCUCCAAGAGCACACGUCAGUUCUUCUUUUGUACCCUGACAGUGUGGAACAAGUAGUAGGAUCACUGACCAAUAUCUAUCAACAGCUUCAUCAUGAUAUAUCAGCGCUCUUCAAGGGUCAGCUUCUUGUUGCUAUAACAACAAUCAUGCUGGAUUGCAAUCAACUGGAGGAACAUUCAAGGAACUUUCUCCAAGUUGUUGAUAUUCUCCUAGAUGUUGUUUCUAAGGUUAAUGGUAGCAAGGAUAGGGUUCUUCGCGGCAUUGCUUGUGAGUGCCUCAAGGAAAUUGAAACAAUACAUCCGGGUUUACUUUCCAGAAAAGUGGAUCAUUUUUAUGCCAUGUGCCAACUUGAGAAUUCAUGUAUCUGUCAAAGCUACAUGACUCUUUUUGGGAUGGUAUUGAAAAAUGGUCUUGAACAACUCCUUGAAGAUCCUAAUAGCUUAAAUGUCAAUGAUUUGAGUGAUUUACUCAGCAGAAGGAAGGAACCAUUGAAGCCAUUGAACUUGCCUGAAAACUUUGACAUCAAGAUGUUUCAAUUAAAAGAGAAAAUCACUAAAGAGCCUGGGCAGCUUCCAAUGCACCUGGACACCCGUGAACUUAAGAGGGCACUCACAUAUAUUGUUGACCAUCUUCCUAUCAUGACUCAGUCAUCAGCUAUGCAAUCAUCCCUUCUUGUUGGUCAGAGUUUGGUCCAUAGUCCUAGUAUCAAUCCUUUGAUUUUCAAGGGUCAUGUAUCUAACUGGGCAUCAUCAGCUGAUAUCAUCCUAUUUCAUCUUGUUCUUCUGCUCAAGGCUAAAUUUCCCACUGAGAUAUUGAAUGGUGAUGAGGAAUGUGUUGUAUUGAGUAAAUUACUGACAUGUACCAACCAUCCUGCCCUGUCUCCUGGCCAUCGACUUCUUGCAUACCAGUGGUUACAGCACUUUCCAGAGAGAGAGCCAAUCUUUCCUCAUUGUAAGCCUCAUCUCCCUGGAUGUCUCUUCACUGAGCACUACACAAAUUUCUUUCCUACAAUAUUUGAUGGUCUAGAUACAUCUCUUGUCAAACUCAAUCUACUUAGCCAAUGUUUUGUGCCCACAACUAUACAUGAUACCUCAUCUGCUACUUUGAUGGGUUGUGUCGAUCUUCUUGGGAAGUCCUUGGAAUAUGGAAUAGUGGGUAGGCCAGCCACCUCCUGGUAUCGCUUGCUGUUCAGUAUGCUACAGAGACAUUAUGGGACUGUAUUGAGAGAAGAAAUCAUGAAUGCUGUGGUGAAAGUUACUGUUAAGAACCCCAAGUAUACUCCACACACAGUGAACUUCAUUGAGAGUAUGCAGAAAGUUACAUCAGAUAAGAGUUUUACUGUGCUUCUUCUUGAGACACUCCUUCAACAUGUUGUCACAUCAGAUAUUCACAAUAAAGAGGCUGAUUUAGAAAACUAUCUUCUCAUCCUUCAGAGGGCAGCUCAAGAAACUGAAAUAUCACCAAAGCCUAUCUUAGACUACCUCCAGAUGUUACUGCAUAGAACAUCACUGAUGCAGGAUGGAUCCUGGUUUCUAGGCAACAAGAUACUUUCUGUAUGUCAUCAGUUGCUCCAAGUCCAUAGCAAGGCUGGUAUUUACUCUGAUAUGGGUGACACACUCUACACUCUAUUCACUGGGCAUCAGGAUAUAGAGAUAAGGGAUAGAGCUUGUCUCUACUAUGCUAUACUUACCAAUCUAUCAAGUGAAAAGAUUAGCCAGAUUUUAUCAUCUAUUGGUUCAGCUGAGGAUUCUCAGAAUCUAACGAGGCUAGUAACGGGUAGUGCUAGUGUUAAGCCUGCUGGAGCAGUGGAAACAUUAAAUCAAACAGUCUUCAAAUUGACCAGAAUUAGAAAACGAACAUCAUCACACCGCAUCAGUAAAGAUUUUUCUUCCUCUGUAACCAAAUACCACGAAGCUCUACAAUCACUAUCAUCAGAGAGUACUACAUGCAUAAAAAUUGAUUAUUAUCUUCAUUUUGAUGAACGUUUCUUGGAAGAUAUUCCUGAUUCUAUGAGACACCUUUAUGCAGUGAUUCUUCAUAUAGAUACACCUGCUGCAUAUCAGUCAAUAGAAGAUAUGACAGUUGCAUCACUGUCAGUCGAGAAUUCAUCUGAACCCAAAGAUGGCUGUCAGAUGGUCACAUUAGCACUCUAUCCCAGAGAACCUAUACCUACAUCUUUAUCUGUAAGUGCAAUGUUUAGUAGCAGUGAUGGUCAAACUUGUGUGUGCCAACUGGAACCUGUUGAAGUGACCUUUGAUGACCUCUUCAUCCCCAUUCCUAUCAUGCCUUUUUUACGUCCUGAUCUCUUCAGUGAACUAUGGAAGAGCAUCAGACAAGAUGAGCAUACAAGACCAGAAUCUAUGAGUGCUGAAUCCAUUUGUACCAUCACUCUAGGAUCAGAAUCAAUACAGAGGAUAGUGCAGUCUCAAUUAGUAGAUUACAUUGUGACUUCAGAUGAAGUACAAGAUGGAAGAACAAUAAAUCUUGCCUUGCUGCUGCCACCUCAAUGGCAUCUGUUGCUACAGUUACAACUGCAGGAAAACAUCACUGUGGUAUCCAUGGUAACAGAUAACUGGAAGAUGUUACCUCUUGUCAAUCAGUACUUACUCAGUUUAGAAGAUCACUGACAUUGAGGGGUGAGAUGUAAGGGAAAGAUCAUUUAAAAUAUAAAAGACAAAGUUUUGUAAUAAUAUUUUUUAUAGAAAAUCAAUUAUAUUUUUUUUACUUGGGGGACCUAGUGGAAUCGAAUUAUGUAUGAAAGACUUGGUCAUUAUUUCAUUUCAGUAGAUUGUCACGUUUUGAAUUCAUACUCUAAUUAUCUGAAUGUAACUAGCAUAUCCAAGCAUACACAGCUUGAUGGGCCUAUGAUAAAUUCCUUUUGUAUUAUUCUACUGCAACUUUCUUUCAAGUCCAUCAUCGGUAAUUUUCUUGUAUCAACCUAAUAGUUAUCUAUAUUCCAAUUAUCACAUUCCCUUCUGCAGUCAUGACAUCUCUGACUCAGACAAAUCUCUCCCAGAUUGUUUGAUAGGAUUUAUACCUCAACUCUGUAUGAGAAGUCACCUUCUUUCUUAUCUCACACGACACCAAUUAAUUUCUCUUCCACAAGAGUUUUAAGCAACUUCAUUUCUCUUUCCUUGCUGUGUCCAUGUAGUGGUUUUAUGUUGGAUAUCUGUCCAUUUGCUUUAAAGCCACCGUCUGUUAACAUCCGUAUUAUCAGUGAGUCUCUCUGCUCCAGUGGUUGUCUUAUCUGACUUCAAAAAAAUUGUCCAUGUAUACGUUUCUCUGGGAUGCUUCUGCUGCUCCUGGCUGAACCCUUUCCAUAUUCACAUGCAGUCUGAGAAAAUCCAUAGCCACCUUGACUCUGGACUGGACAGACUCUUCAUGGACAGCAGGGUGUAAGGCAGGUAUUUUGAACAUCUAGAGCCAGUAUGCUGGCAGGUAUCAGGAAUAAUUGAUGUAAUCAUAGGCAAAAAUCCAAGGAAGAAAUGACCGAAUGGAUGAUAGAUGUAAGUUCCAAAUUCCUUCUCCAGUAGCUCUAAUGAAUAGCUUUAACAGCUGUACCAUCUUGAUGUAUGAGAACCACACUGCAAAAAUCAGACUCUUUUGUCACUGUUCCCCAAUAAAGUUGAGGUAGAGUAUUAUGCAUUGCCUAUAAUCUUCAGACUGCAAACACUAUGAAAGCUGAUCCUGGGAAAGAUGUGUGCAGUCUCUUCAGACACUUCAUCCCUGUCGUGAUCACCGAGUGAAUCCAUGGAGCACUGCUAGUGAGUCCGUUCCAUUGUUUCUACCAGACACUUGUGCAUACGUGAGCUUCUGUUAUAGUGGUUUCCAUUCAUGGCACCAUUAAAAUAACAUUGAACAAUAAGCCGAGAUUCAAUUACUAAGUCCUCUAGGCCAUCAUCACUGAAUCAUUUUCUUAUGCAGGCUAGCAUUGCAAUGGAAGUGUGGAAUGCUCGGAGACAAGGAACUAAUCUCUUUGAAAAUCUUUCAUUGCUCCAUCUGAUCAAUUCGAUACAAUUCAAAGUUUAUUUCAGUCAAUCAAUCAUAAAAUACAGUCAGUCCGCAGCCCGUCCGAAAGUGCUCUAUUUUAUUCAGCGGUAUGCAUAGCCGUCGGUGGUUAUGCAUUCGUAAUGAGCUGUGAAGAUGAACUUUCCGAUCGGUGUUUUUUUGCUCUUAGAAUCGUUUAUUCCUCACAAAAUUGGUCUUAUUUUAUAGAUAAGGCUUUGAAAUUUCUUAUCAGUUAAAUAAAAUGCACAUUUAACGUAUUUUGAAGACCGAUAUUUAGCUUAGAAAAAAUGAUUUUUUUCAAGAAAUAUAUGUGAAUAAACAGAGCGUAUUUUUGCAUAGAAAUCACACUUGCGUCAAAUUGAUAUUAUAAUCAAUAUAAAGCGUAGACAUUCUUCUUUAUGACUGAAAAAGAAUUAUGAAAUUUCAUGAUGUAGCAAAGUCAGGAACCACAAAAAACCACGGCAAUGUCCAUUGCAAAAUGAUUGGAAUUGCAGUAGAAUUGCCUACCCGUUCUGAUUGGUCAACAGCGGCGCACAGACUUACAACAUUUUAUAUAGCAUUAAAAUCCCGGAAGUUGUAUCAAAGCGAUCUAUGGCGACUUGCGUAAGCUCAAUGUUUGGACAUGUGCAGGGACCCUGGAACGAACCCGCCGGAAUGUUUUUUUUCGGGGGGGUUGGUGGGGAUAUAUUUUUACUUUUUCUUUAAAUCAUAUUCCUUCCCCGUUCCUACCCAGCUUUAUUCUCUUUACUUUCAUGUGAAUUUCUAUUUAGGCCUGUAUUAUUAAAUCAUGGAGCUAUUAAUAACUAUGAUUAAAUCUUACUUCUUCUUAAUCACUUUUGAUUUUCUAGUUCUUGAUUACACUUAUUUGGGCAGGGGUGGAAAGGGAAGUGAGUUAAAGGUCAAGUGCACAUCAACAAAAAAUUAUUUGAAUAAAUAGAGAAAUUUCCCUUUUUUAACACAAAACAGUUAUAUACACAAAACAAUGGUAUACAAAUAGAGUUGAUUAUGUCACUCACAUCACAUUACUUUCUAAAUUUUGGUUGCAUUUUAUUAUAUCAAUUUUAGCAAAUUUGAUAAAAAUACUCUUCAUCGAAUCACAAUAGGUUACAUUCAUGGAAACUACGAAUGUUAAUGGAGGAAUUAAAAUCUCUCAAAAUUUGUCAAAGAAAAUGAGAAAAUCAAAAUAAAAUAUAAUGUCAUGAACAUGUAUCAAACAAAAAAAAUACACAAGUAAUUAGAGUGUGUGUGACAUAAUCAGUUCUGUAAUUUGCACAUUGACCAAGAUGAGCAUAUAAUUGUUUAAUAAAAUUAGGCAAAAAGUUUUCAAUGUCAAAAUAGUAAUUUUUAAAAUUUUGAAUCAUAGUUUUUAUGAAAUUUUCUGCAAUACUUUAUUUUUCUUUAAAUUCAAAUUUAUUUUUUGGUGGGGUGGACUUCUCCUUUACUCUUUGCAUGGAAUGUAGGGAAUGCACAUUAAUAUUUAUCCACAAACAAAAUUGUCUAAACAUAUGCAAAAAAAUCAGUAAUUGGACACAUGUUCACUUUCCUUUCAUCCAGGCCACUCCCUCACAUCCACCAGUUUUACAGUCUUAUAACAAAAAUGAUGAAUUAAUUAUAAUACCAUCACACCACAGCUCCAUGAUCACACAACAUUCACACAGUGCUUCACAACAAAUAUUUCACUUCUGUUCAUACAUGCAAUAAUUACUGUGGAAAACAAAAACAAGGCGUAACCACAUUCGAACACCGUUUAAAAGGACAAAUAUAUUAUACCUUUUGAGAAAAAAAAAUUGUGAACAUACAUAACACUUAACCUUCAGCACAUUAGAUUGCAAAUCAACUACAUGUUUGUGUUUAAUCAAAGGACUUACCCUUGAUUUUGGAAUGUGUGAAUGAGUAGAAAGUUUCUUGCACUGCACUAUUAGUAACAUUAAAAAUGUUCUUUGGUUUUAAAUUGUGUAUUCUUAUUUUUGUCAAGCUGUAUUCCUGUCCAAGUCAGUAUUCUUAGUCCUCCCCAAAACUGUGCUCUAUUUUUUUUGUUUCCAAUAUCGAUAAAGAUCAAUUUUCUGUUGUAUCAUUAUCAGUUCAAAAUUUGCAAACGAAAAAUGGCUUUGUCCAAAUCAGUCUGACCGUUAUAGUACAUGAUGGAAUCUCCCAGAAUGAAGUAGCGAGCAGAGACCAGAGUCAGCAAGUGUGCAGAUCUGUGUGUAGAAGAGACCAAAAAAAGAGAGAAAUAGUCUAAAUUACUAAAUAAUCAUUCAAAGUACAUGUAUAAAUUAUUUUACAUGUAAGUCAAGAGACUAAUAAUAGUACUGUCUGCAACAGCCACAAUUUUUUUAUUUGAACAAAAUGGUUUAUAGCUACUACUGAGUACGGUAGUACCAGACUUUUCAGUUUGACUUCAAACUGUUUAUAGUCUAUAGAGUAGAAUGUCUAAGCUAAUCAUCAUUUCAUUCUUAACCGCAGCCUGGGGCAAAAAUCAUCAUGGGACUCAACUUCUACUAAUUAAGAAAAAAGGUUAACAUUUUUUUUUUCAACAUAAAUCAAGAAAUAUCUCAAUCUAUAAAAACUUGAUAGAAAGCGGAAACCUGAUAAUCAUUAAAUAAAACCUUAGAAGAGAUCUACUUAUUGAGCUUCGUUUAUAUUAAGUCUUAAUUGCAAAAAAAACCAGGUCCACCGUCCACACUCACAUAAAUAAUGCGAGCCAUCUAUCAUCAUUACAGAAGUUUCAACGUAUGGGACCAAAGGCGAAAUCCCACCAACACGCGACGACCGUACUUUUUUUGCAUUAUUUCGCGCCAUCGUAGAGUGAACGAGAAGGUUACUUCUGGGUAAAAUAUAAAUUUCUUGAUUUUUAGGGUAUCAUUUUCUCUAAAAUAAAAAUAUAAGGUGAGUUUGCGUCAAAUUGGUUCUGACAUAUUUUGAACAGUGAAUUUUCUUCAUUAUAAAAAACCCAGAUCGAAACCAUUUGGUUAUGUAGCAAAGUCAGGAACCAAAAGUGAAAUUCCGACUACAAAAUCGCAGUUAAAAUAUUAAAGAGGUAAAAAUGGUAUCAAUUAAAGAGGUAAAAAUGGUAGGUUGAAAAUGUCGAAAUAUGAAAAAUUAUAUAUCAAAAUGUAGAUGAAGGCCUUGAGAAUAACUUACCACAAUUCGUUUCGACGUAAACUGAAGUUAGCGACCAGUACAGAGCUAUAACUUCAGCCCCUCCAAUUCACUGGGAAAAUCAAGCCAAAUUGAUCACACGUUUUCCUUAUGAGACCGCUAGAGGGCCGCUGAAUAAAUCUUCGUGAAUAUGCUCAUUAUCGCGCGAGCUGCGGUCUGACUGAAUAUAUACAAAUUUUGAUCAAAACAUAUGAUUGGGAGCCCUUGGAAGUUUUUUUCUUUUUUAAAACUUGUGGAUGGGGCACCACAAUGAUACAAUUAAAUACAAAUCAGUGUAAAACACACAGAAAGAGUAAACAAAAAACAACAUUGAAAUACAGUGCAAAGACAGUGGACUAAUAUAGAGGAAAUAAACAAGAAAUAAUAAUCAUAAAUUCUUAGGGACCUACAGUGUGCUAUUCAUUACCUGAUUUGGCAAGAUUUUUAUAUUGAGAGAAUGUUUCAUCUUUUAG